AUGAGUGAAAAUACGACGGCGCAGUCCGUAACUCGAAAGUUCUCUCGAUAUCGUGCACGAAGUGCGACAACUGGCGACGUCGAAAUGCCCCCACCUGCACCAGUCGCUAGCGUUGAGCAAAACCCCUCGAUCGCGAGAAGCAGAUCUCGAUACCGUCGCAACCGGCCCACGUCGAAUGGAAAUGACGCACCCCCUACCCCUGCGAUCCCCGGCCACGCGCGAACUCAGCUGGAACAGCGGAGUGAACGAGAAAGUGAACGGGCCGCAGCCAGUCGCCCUUUGGCAACACAGAAUGAGGAGGAUGCAUGCACACGUGAGCUGCACCGACAAGGAGCAAUGGAACAAUUGACUGGAGGGGAUAACUCGGCGCAAAACACCCGGCAGCCUCAGGCCUCCGUCUUGCCAAAACAAGUCGCGCAAUUACCCCGAUCGCAACCGGCCCCGGCGCAACCCCCGGCGCAUCCACCGCGCAGUGCUCACUCAGAAAAUGACAGCCACCGCAAGUCUUUCUUCCAGAAGGUCAAGCUUUCAAGAUCCAAGGACCAUGUCAAGAAAACCGAUCCCCUCCCGAACUAUAUUGGCGUGGGCGGAACCGGAGUGGUUCCAGGACUUGAUGCUCCUGUCAGCGCUGUCAACGCUGGAGAGCGAUAUGCCCUUGUCAAAUAUGGAGAUGCCACCGCCGACCUCACUGUCACCCCCUCAACUCAAGUCCGGGAUAUCUUGCUAGAUGCCACCAAGCACCUAUCUCGGGACAUUGACGCAGAGAAAUUCAUUCUCAUGGAGUCUUACUCUCAAGUUGGCCUCGAGCGUCCUCUCCGCCGCUACGAGCAUGUGCGGGAAGUCAUGAAUUCCUGGUCACACGAUGCGGACAACCACGUGGAUGCUCUCACUCAGCUCGAUGCUGGGCAUGCCCCCAACGGGCAACCAUCCCCAGUGACUGUCCACAUUUACCAUUCCCAGCGUCGUCGCAAGUGGGAUAAGCGAUAUGUCACCUUGCGUUCCGACGGACAAGUGACAGUCUCAAAAAAAGAGAACGCCCAAGACCAGACCAAAAUCUGCCAUAUAUCCGACUAUGACAUUUACUUCCCGAGCGCUCGAGCGCUUAACAAGGAUAUCAAGCCACCCAAGAAGUUGUGCUUCGCAAUUAAGAGCCAGCAGAAGUCAUCUAUGUUUCUGUCCACCGAGAACUUCUUGCACUUUUUCUCAACCAGUGACAAGUCUAUUGCAGAUACAUGGUACCGAGCAGUACAGAAGUGGAGAAGUUGGUAUCUUGUCAAUAAGAAGGGAGCAGGACAAAAACCAGAGACCGAAACACCGAAGCGCGCUGGGACGAAGAGAUCGACCAAUCAGCCGAGAAAUGUGUAUAACGAAGUCCCACUCCUAAAACGGGAGACUUCGACCGAAUUUACCAAGGGUGACAGCUCUGAUCAACAGAGACCGACCAGCUCCAAAGACAUCUUUACCCGGAAGAAGACCCUUCGUGGACACGUGCCCCCUCCAUCUUCAUAUCAGCCUCUGACGCUCGAUACCGAUAUGGAUGGGCCUUUCACCGACAAGCAUGCAUUAAUCUCGGGUAUUUCGCCCGAAGAAGUAGAAACUUCUACGUUUGCACCAUCCGGACUCCUAGGCCGAAGUUACACUCAGCGACAAACUGCCAUGCGGGAACGGGAUGAUCGCGACAAGAGAGCUAAGCAGGAAGCCUUUACAGGCACUGGCUUUAUGAGCGGAGGAUCCACACAUGCCCCGGGCUACGACUCAAAUCCCAACAGCCGGACCAACACCAUGACUCGUGCUCCCGAUUCAUCCCAGUUCAAUCGAACCCCGUCUCUCAACCAGAAGCCUCUGAUUGAUCUCACCCCAGUCUAUGCCGAGCCACCGCAGCAUAGCCGUAAGGGCAAGGGUCACGGCGUCAAAGUCCAACCAGGCAUGCAUCUGAUCGACGGCGCCACUGGCCCAGAUCAGACGCCGGGAGUAAUUGCCAUCCCACCCUCGACUUCAUGGCGACGACCGGCCGCACCCGCAGAAACUAUACCUCAGCGACGAAACACCACCCGCAGUGUGCGUCAUCACCCAAACACAUAUGCGCCUCCAAUUUCUGCUGAAGGAAGCCCGGCACUUCCUGCCCAGUUCACGCCACAUAGUCUGCUGGCACAUUCAGCCAGCACGACUAGUCAUCGAAAUCCGCGCACGGGACAUGGGGUCGCAACGGGUGACCGCAAUGCCACACGGCCGUUGUUGGAUAUGUCCCCGGAGAACCCCUUUGCCGAUGGCAGUCUGCUGCGGCAGCUAUAG